GCUCGGUAUCUUUAUUUUUCCGAGCGGGCGGUCACACUUAAUCCACUGAACAAGCGUGCUUGUGCUAAAUAAUUUGACUGAUCUUGAAAUCUGGUAAAUAGCGCCAAUAUAGCCGCAUCUGAACACUCCUGCCGAUGGUAAUCAAGUAUUGGCCAAGAGCUAGCAAUGUUGUGUAAAAAUCAGCGCGAAACUAAAGCCGAAUUCAAACAAAAGAAGCAAGCAGCGGCCUGACAGGGUUUUCCGUGUCAGCAGAGCAAAAUCGAUUGGUUAAAAAAACGCGUUUACGUAUAAUAUAGAUAGUUAUCUAAUAUCUAAUAUCCGAGUUGUGAGGCUUAUUUUCGUAAAACAGAGCUACGUGCGAUUUACGUCUGUUGAAAAUCCAUUCUCGGGCAUUCCAACGUAUACGCCCGCAGAGUCAGACAGCAAAAUCGUAGGCUUAACACAUUUUCCGUUGAUUUUCCGUAGUCGCGUGUGAGAAACCGAAACUCGAAACAAGAAACCCGGAAUCGGAAACCCCAUUUGAAAUCAAUAUGCGGGAAUGUAUCUCUAUCCACGUGGGCCAGGCUGGUGUCCAGAUUGGAAACGCCUGCUGGGAGCUCUACUGCCUGGAGCACGGCAUCCAGCCCGAUGGCCAGAUGCCCUCUGACAAGACCGUGGGCGGAGGUGAUGACUCGUUCAACACCUUCUUCAGCGAGACUGGAGCUGGCAAGCACGUGCCCCGCGCCGUGUUCGUGGAUCUGGAGCCCACUGUGGUCGAUGAGGUCCGUACCGGAACCUACCGUCAGCUGUUCCACCCCGAGCAACUGAUCACCGGCAAGGAGGAUGCGGCCAACAACUACGCCCGUGGCCACUACACCAUCGGCAAGGAGAUCGUGGAUCUUGUUCUGGACAGGAUUCGCAAGCUGGCCGAUCAGUGCACCGGUCUGCAGGGCUUCCUCAUCUUCCACUCGUUCGGUGGGGGUACUGGCUCUGGCUUCACCUCUCUGCUGAUGGAGCGUCUCUCCGUGGACUACGGCAAGAAGUCCAAGCUGGAGUUCGCCGUGUACCCAGCUCCGCAGGUGUCCACCGCAGUGGUGGAGCCCUACAACUCCAUCCUGACCACGCACACCACCCUGGAGCACUCCGACUGCGCCUUCAUGGUGGACAACGAGGCCAUCUACGACAUCUGUCGCCGCAACCUGGAUAUCGAACGACCCACUUACACUAACCUGAAUCGUUUAAUCGGCCAGAUAGUGUCCUCGAUCACCGCCUCUCUGCGAUUCGAUGGAGCCCUCAAUGUGGACCUCACCGAGUUCCAGACCAACCUGGUUCCCUACCCCCGCAUCCACUUCCCGCUGGUGACCUACGCCCCCGUCAUCUCCGCCGAGAAGGCCUACCACGAGCAGCUGUCGGUGGCCGAGAUCACCAACGCCUGCUUUGAGCCAGCCAACCAGAUGGUCAAGGUGGAUCCCCGGCACGGCAAGUACAUGGCCUGCUGCAUGCUGUACCGCGGCGAUGUUGUGCCCAAGGACGUGAACGCCGCCAUCGCCACCAUCAAGACGAAGCGCACUAUUCAGUUCGUGGACUGGUGCCCCACCGGCUUCAAGGUGGGCAUCAACUACCAGCCACCCACUGUGGUUCCAGGCGGAGAUCUGGCCAAGGUUCAGCGUGCCGUGUGCAUGCUGUCCAAUACCACUGCUAUCGCCGAGGCCUGGGCCCGUCUGGACCACAAGUUCGACCUGAUGUACGCCAAGAGGGCCUUCGUCCACUGGUAUGUUGGUGAGGGCAUGGAGGAGGGCGAGUUCUCCGAGGCCCGCGAGGAUCUGGCUGCCUUGGAAAAGGACUACGAGGAGGUCGGCAUGGACUCGGGUGAUGGCGAGGGCGAGGGUGCUGAGGAGUACUAGAGCGGAUAGGUGUGCAUCCCUCAAAAUCCCGCUUAUUUUCAUACGCUCCCACUCGCAUGCAUAAAUUCUCUGCGACACUGUAUAGCGAACAAAAAGGAAAAUAAAAACCCCAAGAACCCA